AUGAGUGUCUCGCCAAAAGCCCUUGAGGAGGCCAAGCCUGCACCCCAGGUGUCAGAGACCUACGACUAUGGGGAUACCAAGCCCAUAGAGCUGGGGACGCAGAAUGACGUUAAUACGGAGACCCAACGUGGUCUGUCAUCAAGACAGCUGCAGUUGAUUGCCAUGGGCGGUUGCAUCGGAACCGGUCUUUUUGUUGGAGCUGGAUCAACCCUUUCUCUGGUUGGACCUGCGCCGCUAUUCAUGAGUUAUGCCGUCAUGGCGCUGAUUGUCUGGCUGGUCAUGAAUGUUCUGGGUGAAAUGACCACCUAUUUACCCGUGAAGGGCAUCUCCGUCCCAUACCUGAUAGGUCGCUUCACGGAGCCUAGUAUUGGUUUUGCUGCGGGAUACAAUUACUGGUACUCCUUUGCCAUGCUGCUGGCAACAGAAGUGACGGCUGCCGGCCUGAUUAUCGAAUAUUGGACGACGUCCGUCAAUGUUGGAGUCUGGAUCACGAUCGUGCUAGUUGUGAUCCUGGUGCUUAAUAUCGUCGCUGUCUCAUGGUACGGUGAGGCCGAAUUUUGGUUUGCCACCCUCAAGAUCAUUGCCAUCAUCGGCCUGAUCAUCCUGGGCGUCGUAUUGUUCUUCGGAGGGGGUCCCAAGCACGACCGGUUAGGCUUUCGAUAUUGGCAGAACCCGGGAGCAUUCAACCCCUAUCUGGUCCCCGGGAACACCGGGCGCUUCCUCGGGUUCUGGACGGCUCUUAUCAAGUCGGGCUUCUCAUUCAUUUUCUCACCCGAGCUCAUCACCACCGCAGCUGGUGAAGUCGAAGCGCCGCGACGGAAUAUCCCCAAGGCUACCAAGCGGUUUAUUUAUCGUGUAUUCACGUUCUAUAUCUUGGGGAGCUUGGUGAUAGGAGUCACCGUGGCAUACAACGACCCGGGUCUUCUCUCGGGAGUCGCCAACGGGGGAUCUGGUGCCGGGGCCAGUCCAUUUGUGAUCGGAAUUCAGAACGCAGGUAUUGCCGGUUUGAACCAUGUGGUCAACGCCGCUAUUCUGGUUUCUGCAUGGUCCUCCGGUAAUGCCUGGUUGUUUGCCGGAUCGCGAACGUUAUACUCGCUGGCCUGCGGCGGGCACGCACCAAAGGUCUUUGCGCGAUGCAACCAAAAUGGCGUUCCAUACGUGGCCGUCAUCAGCACCUGGGCCAUCGGAUUGCUUUCUUAUCUGAAUCUCUCCAGUUCAGGAGCGAACGUGUUCUAUUGGUUCACCAACAUCACCACGGUAGGCGGAUUCAUCAACUGGGUAUUGAUCGCGAUUGCGUAUUUGCGAUUUCGCAAGGCCCUCAUUGCCCAUAAUCUGCUGGACACGCUGCCUUUCCGGACUAGGCUGCAGCCGUGGGGCUCCUAUUUCAUCAUUUUGGUUGUGAGCGUGUUGACCUUGACCAAUGGGUACGCCGUCUUCUUCCCCGGACAGUUCACCGCGGCGGACUUCCUGGUGUCGUAUCUGGUGAUCGCGAUAUUCGUGGCGUUGUACGUGGGUCAUAAGAUCUGGUAUCGCACUCCAUGGAUGACCAAGGCAUCGAAGAUUGACCUCUUCACGGGCAAAGAGGAGAUCGAUCGACUGUGCGAGGAUGACUUUGAGCGGCAGCCGCGGAAUUGGCUGGAGCGAGUCUGGUGGUGGAUUGCCUAG